UUCGGAUCACUCUAAUCGCGACGGCCGUGAGCGUUUUUCCACUUGCGGUUCUUCCGACGACGCUUUCCAUGGUGAUGAAAAAAAGUUGAUUAAUAAUCAAUCAAACUAUUGUCGGUUCAGUAUUAAUGUUGCAAGUGUUCCGCGCUGUCAUUGGAUCAGUGUUGACGUAUGGCAGACGACAGUGAGUGGUGACCGAAGUGUUUGAUUCCGUUUUUUUCCAGUCGGGUACUUGAAGUUAUUUCAUCAGUAUGAGGCGAAUCAAUUCGAUCCGUUGAACUAAAGUGAAACCCUUAGAGAGGAGAGCAGGUCAAUCAGUUGGCACUUCCGCCGUCACACCGAAUCCUUCGGGGGAAUCCGGUUAUCUAGGCUCACCCGUCGUUUGAGCUCCGCGCAUCAUCGCUUCGUUCGAAGAUGUAUCGUUCGCUCUAGUCAGCCCGAGUCCGAAGAGAACGUCGUGGAAAACGGUGGGGAAAGUGUUUUACAUCAUCCAUCCUCUCGGAAAAGCGGGAGAACAGCGAGAGGCGAAGCUGAGAGUGAAAUGGAGUCAUGAAUGAGAGUGGGAGAGCAAGACAAACAAAGUGAGCUCUGUGUUGUGUGGUAGCAGCGAUCUACCGCCCGCCACCCACUGAAGUGAGUAGUGAGCAGGAGUGGCGACACGCCAAGUUUCGUUCAACUCGGAAUAGCAGAAGAAGAGACCCGGCGUUUGCGAGUGACACUCGGGAGGCAGUUCAAUUUGUGUGUCCAACUGCGUAAUAAGUGUUUGACUGUGCCAGUAGCCGGUGGGCAAUAGCAGGUCAAUUUUAAUUUGAAUUAGUGUUGAUCUAGAGUGCUGAAGUCUAGGACACACACUAGUCUCAUUCGGAAACAGAGAAGAGCCUGAGGGUACAGGAUUCGUUCAGAGAUCAGAAUUAAAGCUGAGAAGUAUAGCGUAUACAGGGAAAUAGAAACCGCGCUCGUUGGUCAACAGGCUACGUUAGUCGCGGUGUGAAAGUAGACGGUUCGAGGUGUCGAUCUUUGUAGAUCGCGCGUGAGAUUGCAUCAUUGUUGGGAGUUCGUGAAGAGAUCUAGAACGCUGAGCAACCCCAGAAGAAAACUUUAAAUCUGGGGCUAACUAGGCGGUUCCCAUGCUAAACUACCGCCUCGUGUCAACACACUUCCUCAAACAGCCGUAGAUUGUUCAAGAACAGGUCUGAAAAUGUGCAGAGACAGAGAUAUGCCACUUCGAUGAAUUAAUUGCAAAUUGUUCUGUCGGUGCACCAUCAUCAACAACAGUGUAUGUACGCGUGCUAGCGUGUGUGGUUAGUUAUUCUUGUUGUCAUCGUUGGAGAAAAGUAUUGAGAUCUUUAAGUCCUGGAAGAAGUUGUGUAUUGGUGGUUAUCAUUGCAGAGUAGUUUUCGUAGCCAACAACGGACGAUUUAUCGCCGCCACGAAUUCAACUAAAUACAUCUCUCUUUAACCGGUGUGCAAAUGAUCAUCUGAAUACCGCGUGCCAACAAAGUUAAGAUCCAGCUGACGAAAAGGGAAAACAAGUUUCCCUUUCCAACCGAGAGUCGCCUAACCUGCAAGUACCGCGCCAUCUGUACUUGUGUGGUUCAAGUGUGUGUGUUCGUUCCUCACCAUCAUCACCCAACACGUUCACCCUUCGAUUGUUAUUGUUGUCGACCGAAAAGAGCAACCGAUAAAUAAUUAAACCAGCAAAGAAGAAAAAAAUAUAAUAAUCACCAUACACACCAUACCGGUUAAUAUUCCGCCGGGUGAAGGUGAACCGCGCGGAUCGAAAAUUGUGUUAACAACACCAUUCCCCGACCCGCGUCCAGCAGCGUGAUCACCGCUCAGCCGAAAGCUACAACAAGCCUUCUGAACAAGCGGAGCGGUGGCAGAGAACAACAACAACAACAGCAACAACAGGGGCAGCAUUCGGAAGUGGUUUCUUCUUUUCUGUUGUACGCAGCAACAGCAACAUCAUCAUCAACAGCAGUAGCAACAACAACAUCAUCAAUAAGCAAGGAACCGAUCGCGAACGACCACGAGGAUUACGCGAACUUCGCGGAGCAGUUUGCGAAAAUUCCACCCAAAAUUGAAGCAUUUGCUAAAAACGUUUGGGAAACAGUUACAGCUUGUGUGUGCGGCAUGCGUCGCCCAUCACUGGGACAGAACGAAGACGACCUAAGUCGUCUUACCACGGUGAUAUCCCCAACGACAGCCAGCUUAUCUUCGGCGCAAACGGAACCCGACGGAGGUGACCAUAGCGGUGGCUGCGGCGACAAGAGUAAUCACAAGAUCAACAAUCACCACCUACAACAGCAACAGCACAACAAGAAUGGCAGUAGCAGUAGCAGUAGCAUCAACAGUUGUUUCAACAAUAACAACAACAACAACAGCUGCUCCAAGAACUGCAACAUUAGCAAUAGCAGUAGCAGCGGAUCGCUCGGCGAAGCCAAACUGCCUAAUGUAACUAAUUCAUCUGAGUGGCAGAAUUGCAGAAAACGCAAAGAACGGCAGGACAGCACGUCCUCCAUCAGCCAGGAUCGGAAACUGAUCCGGUCGAACAGCGAGGAGCACCUUCCCAACUGCAAGGAGGUGAUCCGUCGCGUGUCCUCGCAUGAGGACUUCAAGAAACCCUCGCCGCUGAUCGAAAUCAGCGUCGACAAGGAGAACAUUAUCGAGGAAUCUGCCGAGGAGCAGCAGCAGCUGGAAGAGCAGCAAAUUUUCGAGAAGAAUUUGAAAAACAGUUCGGAGAAUUUGAAAAAAUUUUUCAUCGGUAGUGAGAGUCUUUGUGCAGCCAGCAGGGAUUCCACUGAAGGGCAGAAUCAUCACAAGGUCGAUGAGGCUCGUCACCACCAUCACUAUCAUCUACACAGCAAUCAUCUGAGUCAUCACAACAGGAACCGUCUUUCGCCUAGUCGUGAUGUGCUGAAGAACCGAAAAGACUCGGACAGCGAGCUCGAUGAAGAGCAUGCCCGACGGCGUCACUGCGAGCGGUUCUCGAAGACUCGCCCGCCGCCUGGACGAAAGUCGGUUUCUCCCCGAAACCGCACCAAAACGUUCAAAUAUUCCGGUAGCAAAGACAAGAACGGAAGCGAGUAUUUCUACUCCAAACAUGACUCGCAUCAUUCGGUCAAGCAUGAGCGCCGUGGAUACGGCAAGAAAGAAAAGACAGCAGAGCAGAAGGCAUCGGAAGCGGAGAUUUGCUCCGACUAUAAUGACAACACCGUCCUGGAUAAGGGCAAGGAUGAAUCUCCCCGCGAGAAGCAACUUCCCUGGGACCAAUCCUUCCAGGACGAUACCCCGGUGGUGUGUCAACGGUUCGCAGAACACCAGUUCGAACAUGCCACCAAGAUGGCAACGUUCGGAGAAAUACGUAGUCUACCACCGAAUGCCACCCUAAAACACUACGGAGGCUAUCGCAGUUCGGAACUCCACCAGACCAACCAGAAGCCGAUCCCGCAAGCGAACAACAUGUUCGACGAUCGCAUCAAAACCAUCAGUCGCAAGCUGAGCAGUCUGAAGAAGAAGCUAACGCAGUACGAAGACCGGUUCGAGCGGGAAAAUGGCUAUAGGCCGGCCCACGAAGACAAGACCAGUGAUUGUGCCAUCAAGGCGGUCGUCGUCGAAAUCCACAAGCUGCGCAAGGAGAAGAAUCAAAUCAAGGCGGAUCUAGCGGUCCAGAAUGCGAAAGCUGCCAAGGCCCAAGCGCUGGCCGAUUCUCAGGAAGGGGAGGAAAGCAAGCUGUGCAAGAUGAAGGAAUCGAUCGCUGAUAUUGAGAAGCGUCUUCAUGAUAAACGUGAAUCGGACAACCGCAGCGAAAACCUGGACAGUCUCUCGAGCGAUCAGCUGGUCGAGGAAAAGGCUUCUGUUCAGCGGGCCCUUCUAUAUCUGGAGUCGAUCUACGGACGUCCCACCAGCCGGGAGGAGCGUGAUGCCGCUCGGCCGCUCUACGAUCGAUACCGGCUCAUCAAACGCCUGGUCAACCGUGCCAACUCGAUCAGCGGUCCAUGUGGGGCCAACUCCCAGAUGCCAACGAUUUUGGAGCACGAAGCGCUGGCUAUCGUGGGUACCACCACUCCUUCGACGGACAUUUCACCACCGUCGGCCACCUCGAUGGUCCAGUCACCCACGGACACCUCGACUGCCUCGACGGCUGCCCAGUCAACUGAUGAAUCCGAAACCACCUCCAGUUCCAUCACCGAGAACAUCCACUCGAUGACGGUCGAAGAGCUUUGGGAGCACUACGAUGCCGCUCGGGAGGAGAAGAAAGAACUCCGACGGACCAUCAAAGAUUUUGAACAAAAGUUCGAGGAAACCACCGGGCGCAAGAUGCUGAAGUCGGACCGCAAAUCCAUCGAAGAUACGUACGCCUUGUACAAACAGAAAAAGGCAAAACUCCGACUCAUCGAUGCUCUGUUCAAGAAGCAGAUGUCCGUGUAAGCGCCUUCUCAUUUCAUUCUUAUACACUCCGUUUUCCAUACUCGGCGCCUCCGAAAUAGAAGCUUCCUUGAAUGUCUACCGACACGUUCCCUUGUUCCCUAUUUCAAUCAGAUGAAAAAAAUUUGUGUAAAAAUCUGCAAAUGCAUUCAAUGAGAAAUGUAUGCUUUUGAUAAUUUUGCGUUACGCAUGAAAUUCCGUGAUUUUAGCGUCCGAAUUGGUUCGUUGAGAAUAUCAGAUUCAACUAUGACCAGAGUGACUAAAACAUGAUAAAAGUUUCGAAACCAUGCUAAAACCAAGGAUGUAACAUAGUUCGUUGAAAUCUACUUGAGUGUGGUGUAAUUUUACACGAUACAUAAUGCAUAUGAUAUCCGAUAUUUGCAGAUUUUUACACGAAAAGAGCUUAUCUGUGAAUGUCUCUUUUUAUUUAUUCCAUUUAUCAUCAAACUUCAAACACCUUAAUACUCUUAUAAAUGUUGUGUUUUUCUUUGUUUUUUCCCAAGAGAAAAAAAAAACAAACGAAAAAUUGUGCUUACCUCGCGUCCUUACCAUUUGUGUGUAUAUUUUGAAAUCUAUGGACUUGUUUAUUUUUGGAUAAAAACGAAAAUAAGUUUUAGAGAGAAGAACGUCGUGUCGACGAUAAGCAAAUGACAAAAAAUCAAAUAUUGAAUCUUUACAAAAUAAGUGAAUUAUAUAAAAGCAAGAAAAGAAAAUACAAACUCCGAUAAAGGUCUCAAGCUAUUUGGAAGAUCGGCAUCGAUUGAUAUAUAUCUAUACAAUGUGUAUUUCAGGGCUUGUUUAUUUGUUUUAUUUUCCAAUCGUCUAUCAUCUGUUGUUACAUCGAUUACAUUAGAUAUCGUUUAUUGGUUUGUGGAACACUACGCAUUAGCAUUAGGGAGACUCGUCUCCGGGAAGCUUGAAAGCUAUUUUAUGAAAAGAAGUGAUUUUUUCUGUCGAGGGAAAUACAAAAUAGUACCGCUUACAUUAUACAACUAAGCAACAUAAGAGAAAGUACACAUUAAUACUUAUUAUGCGAGUUGAGACAAAGAAAAAGGUAAUUAAAAAAAUGGAUCGUUCAGCUUCGAGCUAAAAGUGCAAACAUUUAUUCGAUAAUAUUUACAUUUCAAGUUGUGACGUAAGCAAAAUACAUGUAAUGUAUUAGAUUUUUUUUUAUUUGAACGUUCAUGGGCAAACACUUGCGAAGAACGAACGAGAAUAAGUGCAAACUUGUAGCUACGAAUGGAUUUGCACGGUCGAACCAUCAUUAAAUAUGCCACUUUUUGGACCGUACUACAACAUUCAGACAGAAUCCAUUUGACGUACGAUAACAUAUAAAAUAACACAAACCGUAACCGUGCAUAAGUUUUUCGGUGUUUUCAAUAGAUCCGAUCCGUAUAGUUUCAUCUCCACCAAUUGUAGUUAUGAUAACUUAAGAGCAACUAUUCAAAAAAAAAAAGCCAUAAAACCAUACAGAAACGGAUUACAAAACAAACAAAAAACACCCAAGUACCCAAUUGCAUACACCUACACACAGAAACACAACAAACAUAUACAAAUCGAAUACAUGUAUUUGUAGCUCUUUAAGACUUAUUACGAUGGAUAGUUAUACCGCUGCUGGAGGAGCCGAAUCACGAAAAAGAAAACAAGAAAAACAAUAAAUUCGAUAGGUUCUUGAAGAACGAUUCAUAGCUAUGUUUACUUAUUAUCACACAUUAUUAUUAUAACAACAUUAUUAUUGCUAUUCUACUAUCUAUUAUGGUUCUGAUUGCUCCACGAUAGGUAUAUCUGGUGAAUGGAUGGCAUUACUAUUAUCAUAUUAUUAAAAAAAAAAAAGAAAACCAGAAAUAAAACAAGCAAAACCCUUGGUUCAAAUGCCGAACCGGGGACGUGCGCGAUGAGUCAAAGUCAUAUGGAUCGAACCGAGAAAGUUGUGUGCAAAUCUCUAUGUAGCGAAGCGAGCGAUUAUGGAUUUAAUAGGUUUAAUGAAAAAGAAAUAAACAUGCAAAGUUACGUAACGAA